AUGGCCAAGAAGUCAGUGUACCGAGAUGCGAUCAUCGACCUACACAAGCAUGACGUUUUGGCUUUCAAAUUCGUCUUCAAAUCGCUCAAUUGUGCACUCUGUUCGACGCCGUACUCAAAAACGGCAAAUGAAGUAAAUACACCGACACAAACUUGGUGUGUCGAUAUUCAAGCAAUGUGCAUGAAAUGUCAUGAAGAGCAACGAGCAAGAGCCCCAGCGCUUCGAGCACAUCAAUGCAAAGAUCCAUAUUGUUUCGAGUACACGCCGUGUCCUUCAUAUUGCUUUAUGGAAUUGCUCUCAAGUGGGUGCUUUACGUUGAAUCAAAAUUUGAUGGGAUACGUUCAAACAACUCAAUCAAUCACAAUUCCUGAGUGUCCGAUUUGUAAUGAAGAAUACUCAAUCGAAAACUCACAAAGAGAACCAUUCAUCCUCUACUGUGGCCACGGGAUGUGUAAUGAGUGUUUUGCUAAAAUGUCAAAACCAAUAACCCAUACCAGCUUGAAAUAUAAUCUCGAAUGUCCACAAUGCAAACGGCGCACUGCUUAUGCUCAAGAAUCAUGGGAGAAUCCAUUGAAAAUCUUUUUGCGAGAACUGUCGGAGAAACAAACUGAAUUGAAAAGAACAUGUGGUGAUUGCGAGAAAGAGGCGCCUUUGUUUGAAAUGUUUCAAUGUAACGAUUGUGGAAAAGUAAUGUUCUGUGCUUUAUGUGGAAUGAGAAAGCAUCAUUCGCAUAAAAUUGUCGAUUUGGGAGUUGUAGAGGUGAAGAAAUGGAUGAAUGCAACUUAUGAAGCGAUCACCCCGCAAAUUAAAGCUUAUGAUGUCUGUUUUCCCGAACUUCAAGCGGAUUUGAUUGAAAAAAUCCACAAUUUUCAAGCGAAAGCUCUUGAAAAAGUCGGCAAAAUUGAGGGGUUAAGUUAUGAUCCAGCAAAGGACGAACUACGGGAUUGUUUGGCUAUUGGUGCGAAAUUGGAGGGGAUUUGUGAGAAAUAUUUGGGCGAUUUGCGAUCAUGUAACACUGGGAUUGAGAAGCUGCUCAGCAGAUUCGAUGAGGCAAAAGAAACUUCA